AUUCGACAUUCGAUCCGAAAUGAAAACUCGGAUCAAAUAUCUUAAAAUUGGAUCGAUUGUAAAUUGUAUUUUCGGAUUUUCAAAUACUUUUGUACAGGCCUAAUAGCUAACCAUAGUGAAAGCUCUAAAAGAGUUAACUUGAAUUCUAAGUUCCUAACUAUGUGAAAAAUAAAAUUAAAAAAAAAAAAAAAAAAAAAACAAAAUUGAGCCCUCUCUUAAUAUCUCCCACGGUCCCACCUCUCCACCAUUUUAUCUUGUUGUCUUGCAGAAAAAUUGGCAAACUACAGUAAACCUGAAGAACCUCUGCACUCCACACCCAUAACUAGUAGACACCCAUGACCUUAAACUUAGCUCUUGAAUCCAGCUUCCUUCAUCGAAACUGCAAUUUUCCAGUACCCUUUACCAAUAAUUCAAACAAAAAUUCCAGAAAAUUAAAUUUCCCAAUAAUCUUUGCCCAAUUUCCCAAUCCAAAGUGUAAUCAAGAACUAUUGGUGGUGGUUGGUGGCGGAGCUGCCGGAAUUUAUGGCGCAAUUUGGGCAAAAACUGUCGCACCCAAACUCAAUGUUAUUGUCAUUGAGAAAGGGCAGCCAUUAUCUAAGGUAAAAAUAUCUGGAGGAGGUAGAUGCAAUGUGACCAAUGGACAUUGCCCUGACAAUGUGAUUAUGGCGGAACAUUACCCUAGGGGAAACAAAGAGUUAAAGGGAUCUUUCUUUAGCAUGCAUAGUCCACUUGAUACUAUGUCCUGGUUUACUAGUCGUGGAGUCAAACUCAAGACGGAAAGUGAUGGUCGGGUAUUUCCGGUCAGCAAUAGCUCAUCUUCAAUUAUUGAUUGCCUAAUGACUGAAGCUAGAAAAACAGGAGUGUCGGUGCAGACAGGAAAAACUGUGACUACUGCGACUAGCAAAGCUACUGGGAAGUUUGAUCUUGGGAUUAAGAUGCAUACUUCUCCAACCGCUGAUCUUGUUGAAGCUGAUUAUCUGUUAAUUGCCACUGGAAGUAGCAAGCAGGGUUAUGGUCUUGCAGGUCAGCUUGGCCAUACGAUUAUAGAUCCUGUCCCUAGUCUCUUCACCUUCAAGAUCAAAGACUCUAAUUUGGCUGAACUAUCGGGUGUUGCUUUCUCCAAGGUAAAAGCAAGAUUGAAACUGGAUAACCGCCGACGAAAUAUACCACAGCUUACACAGGUUGGACCAAUGCUUGUUACUCACUGGGGGCUCAGUGGUCCUGCAAUUCUUCGGUUGUCUGCCUGGUCAGCUCGUGAUCUAUACAGCUCAAAUUACAAAGGGACACUUAUCUUGGACUUUGCACCGGACCUUCAUAUAGAAGAAGUGAAGUCAAUCCUCUUAAAGCAGAAGAAGAAUUUUGCAAAGCAAAAAGUGGUCAAUUCAAGCCCUUCGGAGUUUAAUCUUGUCAAGAGAUUUUGGAGAUAUUUGCUCAAACGUGAGGGUUUAGUUGAAGAUAUCUUGUGGGCUUCCAUUUCUAGUGAUGCGUUGCUUGCUAUUACCUCCCUACUAAAACAGUGUCCAUUUGAAGUGACAGGAAAGGGCCAAUUUAAAGAUGAAUUUGUCACUGCUGGAGGUAUUCCCUUGAGUGAGAUUUCAUUGAAGACGAUGGAGAGCAAAAUACUUUCCAACUUAUUUUUUGCAGGAGAGAUAUUGAACGUUGAUGGGAUAACUGGUGGAUUUAAUUUUCAGAAUGCGUGGACGGGGGGCUACAUUGCUGGUACAAGCAUUGGGGAUUUAGCAGCAGACAGAGCGCUUAAGGUGCAGAUAUUAUUAUGACAUUGUCCCUUUAUGCAGCUAGUGGUACAAGCCUACAACUGCCUUCUAAUUUCUAAGCCGGAACUAAGUCAUGUGCAUGCUAACUAUAAUGCACAAAAGUUAAAACUGAGGACGUUUGGGUUUGUCCACCUAUUAUGUAUGGGCCUCAGAAGUUGUAUGUAGGUUGUUGUGAAAUAAAAGGGAUAUAGAAUUAGGCCCUGUUCUGAUUUACUGAAAAUAACUAAAUUGAAUUGAACUGAUUGGGAUUAAACUAAACUAAUUAGAGCUGAACUGAAAAAUUUGACUAUGGAUUAAUGAUUUUUAACUAUGGAUUAGUAAUGAUAUUAAUCCACUAAUAAUUAUGAAAAAUAAAAUAAAGUUCAAAAUUAAUC